GUCAAUGCCGGGAAUCUUGAUUGUUUACAAAACUUACCAAAACGCAAGCUACACAUUGUAAGAAAAGUGAAAUCAUCGAUUUAAAUCCACAAACACGAUGGUGAACGAAAAACGCAGAUCCCGUUCCCGAGAGCGGGACACCCGACCGGAUCGGGACCGUGAAAGGGAACGCGAAAGAGAACGCGACCGGGAUCGGGACCGGGAGCGGGAGCGUGAACGUGAUCGAGACCGUGAGCGGGAACGAGAACGUGACCGGGAUCGUGACUGGGAUCGAAGGCGGGACCGUGAACGUGAACGGCACCGGGAAUUGCAGCAGCGAGAUCGUCCGGGAGAUCGGGACCGUGCUGAACGGGACCGCGAACGUGACCGAGACCGCGACCGGGAUCGAGCGGAAGACAAAGAUAAAGCACGCAAAGACAAGCUUGACGAUGAGCAGGAAGAAGAGCUUAAGAAGGGAGACCCCAAAGCGGCAUUGACUAAAGAAGACCUGGUUAAGAAGGAGCCGCUUUCUUUGGAGGAACUGUUGGCGAAAAAGAAAGCGGAAGAGGCCGCUCGUAGCAAGCCGGUCUUCAUCACGAAAGAGCAGCGUGCCGCCGAAGCACUGAAGCGUCGGCAGGAGGAAGUGGCAGCCAUGAAAGCAGCAGCAGCAGCAAAUGUGCCAAAGUUUGGUGAUGUCCCCGUUACAACACUGCUGAAUCGCGAAAAGCGAGACCCGCUCGACAAGUACGACCGACGCGAGCGGGAACGAAAGGCUAUCAACGACGAGCGGGACAAGGAUAAGGAUACGGACAAGAGGCGUUCAGGUGCGGCAGGUACGGAGCCUGAACCGGUCGUAAAAGAUAAGGAAAAGGAGCAGGAAGCUAUUCGGGAGCGAUAUCUGGGCAUUGUGAAGAAGAAGCGACGUGUACGACGCUUGAACGACCGUAAGUUUGUGUUCGAUUGGGACGCCGGGGAGGAUACGUCGAUCGAUUACAACAACCUAUACAAGGAGCGCCACCACGUGCAGUUCUACGGACGAGGACACGUGGCCGGCAUCGACAUAAAGGAGCAGAAGCGCAAGCAGAGCAAAUUCUACGGCGAUCUGCUUGAGAAACGCCGUACCGAGGCGGAAAAGGAGCAGGAAAAGGUUCGCCUGAAGAAGGUGAAGAAGAAGGAGGACAAACAGAAGUGGGACGAUCGGCACUGGUCGGAGAAGGAAGUGGACGAGAUGACGGAGCGCGACUGGCGUAUCUUCCGGGAGGAUUACAACAUCACGAUCAAGGGUGGCAAGAUUCCGAACCCGAUCCGCUCGUGGCUGGAGUCCGGCUUUCCGAAAGAGAUUCUGGAGAUUAUCGACAAGGUUGGGUACAAGGAUCCGACCCCUAUUCAGCGGCAGGCCAUCCCGAUCGGGUUGCAGAAUCGAGACAUUAUCGGUAUCGCUGAGACUGGUUCCGGCAAAACGCUUGCUUUCCUGAUUCCGCUGCUGACGUGGAUUCAGUCCCUGCCCAAGAUCGACCGGCUCGAGACGGCUGACCAGGGCCCGUACGCGAUUAUCCUUGCGCCAACGCGUGAACUUGCGCAGCAAAUCGAGGAGGAAACGCAAAAGUUCGGUACUCCGCUCGGAAUACGCACCGUCGUCGUGGUCGGCGGUCUGUCCCGUGAGGAGCAAGGUUUCCGGCUGCGGCUGGGCUGUGAGAUAGUGAUUGCCACGCCGGGUCGUUUGAUUGACGUGCUGGAAAAUCGCUAUCUCGUGCUGAACCAAUGUACGUACAUCGUCAUGGACGAGGCAGAUCGUAUGAUUGACAUGGGCUUCGAGCCGGACGUACAGAAGAUUCUGGAGUACAUGCCCGUAUCGAACCUGAAACCGGACACGGAGGAAGCGGAAGACGCAUCGAAGCUGAUGGAAAACUUCAACACCAAGAAGAAGUACCGGCAGACGGUGAUGUUUACCGCAACGAUGCCUCCGGCUGUGGAACGACUCGCCCGGACGUACCUUCGUCGACCGGCGACCGUAUACAUUGGCUCGAUCGGCAAACCGACGGAGCGCACGGAACAGAUCAUACACAUCAUGGGCGAAAACGACAAGCGCAAGAAGCUGAUGGAGAUUCUGUCGCGCGGUGUCGAGCCGCCGUGCAUCAUCUUCGUCAACCAGAAGAAGGGCGCGGACGUGCUGGCCAAGGGUCUGGAGAAGCUGGGCUACAACGCCUGUACGCUGCAUGGCGGCAAGGGCCAGGAGCAGCGUGAGUAUGCGCUUGCCUCGCUCAAGAACGGCUCGAAGGACAUUCUGGUCGCGACGGACGUGGCUGGGCGUGGUAUUGACAUUAAGGACGUGUCGCUGGUCAUCAACUACGAUAUGGCGAAAUCGAUCGAGGACUACACGCAUCGUAUCGGUCGUACGGGUCGUGCCGGUAAGACGGGUUGUGCGAUCUCGUUCUGCACCAAGGACGACAGCCAUCUGUUCUACGAUCUGAAGCAGAUGCUUAUGUCUAGCCCGGUGUCGGUGUGUCCGCCGGAGCUGAUGAAUCAUCCCGAUGCGCAGCACAAACCGGGCACGGUAGUGACGAAGAAGCGUCGGGAAGAGAAAAUAUUUGCCUAAGCAGCUAGUGGGGGCAUUUGUAAGGUGUCUGUAUGUGUGUGUGUAUUUGGAAAUAAUAAAUCAUUCUUAAUCAAUAGGA